AUGGUUUUAUCAACAUUUUCAACGGUAUCAUUGGAAGAUGUCAUCUCUGAGCGCAAAGAGGGCCAGAACCCAUACGCGUUCCAGCCCAUUUUCCCCAGGGAUCGAAGUAAAACACUGGAUUGGAUGAAGCGAGCUGAAAAAUCUGGUUACAAGGCUAUUUUCAUCACUGUAGAUGCCCCAGUUACGGCAAAUCGUCUGAGGAAGAAAAGAAACAGCUUACAGCUCCCCCCACACCUUUCCUACCCCAACCUGUCGGACAGUUCGGAUAGAUCGAGUGGCGGGUAUGGUCACGAUCCGAGUAAAAGAUGGGACGAGGUUAUCCCAUGGGUUAAAGCUAACACCAGUUUAGAAGUAUGGGUGAAAGGAAUCUCUUGCCCACAUGAUGUUUUGAAAGCAAUUGACUACGGCCUGGACGGCCUGGUCAUCUCAAGCCACGGAGGCAGACAGUUAGACGGUGUUGCAGCAGCCAUAGACGUCUUGGCUGAAUGUGCUCCAUUGGCGAAGGGUCGCAUCAAAAUUGGGUUCGACAGUGGAAUCCGCCGAGGAGCUGAUGUAUUCCGUGCAUUGGCUUUAGGUGCCGACAUCUGUUUCCUUGGAAGAAUCCCCUUAUGGGGUCUGGCUUACGACGGGCAGGCUGGAGUUGAGCUAGCGGUGAGAAUUCUGGAGGAGGAGCUUCGCAAUGCUAUGGCACAUGCAGGGAAGCUGGUGGACUGUAUCAAAGAUGCAGCCUAUAACACGGAACCCGAACUCCCCGGUAUAUGUGCCGAUUUUGUUUUCUGCCAUGUUCGCUUGGCCAGUAUCGAGGAACGAGUGGAGAACAUCUUGACAAACAUGCCUCUGAUCGAUGGCCACAAUGACUUGCCUAUCAAUAUUCGGAAACACUACAAGAAUCACAUUUACGGAUCCAACUUCACUAAGCCCUUUGCUGACGGCACUCUGGAGGGUGACACGGACCUACUCCGUUUGAGGCAGGGGCUUGUCGGGGGCACAUUUUGGAGUGUUUUUGUGCCUUGUCCGAAGAAUCGGAUCGACCCUUCGAACCCUAAGGACGCGCCUGAUGCAGCGAUUAUCAGGGGGCCAGAUGGUAGCACUAGAAAGUCAGAUCCUCUCUGGCACGGCGUGAGUCCGCUAGGGAAGGACCUCAUCUAUGAAAUGAACCGUAUAGGCAUGAUUAUUGAUCUGGCCCAUGUGAGCGAGGAUACAAUGCGCGAUGUCCUAGGCGCAGGUAAGGACGACUGGCCUGGCAGUCGAUCACCGGUCAUCUUCAGCCACAGCUCAGCACAGGCACUAUGCACGCAUCCUCGCAAUGUCCCUGAUGAUAUUUUGCUUUUGGUAAAGGAGAGAAACUCGGUAGUGAUGGUUAACUUUGCGCCCGAUUUCAUCUCCUGCACAGCAUCUGACCACGACGGUGGACUGCCUGAUAUAGAUGAUGAACACGCGACUCUGGAACGGGUGGCGGACCAUAUCAUGCAUAUCGUGGACGUCGCCGGAAUAGACCAUGUCGGGUUGGGCAGUGACUUUGACGGAAUGCCAACUACGGUACGAGGCUUAGAGGAUGUGUCGAAGUUCCCAGCUCUGAUUGCUGAGCUUUUGCGGCGCGGUCUCACCGAUGAGGAUGCUGUCAAGGUGGCGGGGGCUAAUGUGCUGCGGGUUUGGGGUGAGGUGGACCGGGUUGCUCUGGAGAUGCAGGCUGAGGGUGCUGUUCCUAUGGAAGACUGA